AUGCAUCAAAAUAUAUUUGUUUAUUUUCUUUCUUUCGCUGGUUCCUAGACCAAUGAGGAACUCAUAAAGGUGAUUCAAUUUCAAUUCAAUUUCAAACAACAAUUAAAAUCGUAUUUUAGAUGAUUAUUAAUACGACACCAAAUCUAAUUAUAUUGGAACAAAACGGAGAAAGAAUAUAUUUUAGCAGAGAUGAUGGUUCUAUAAUAAUUCCAGAAAAUGAUUUAUCAAUAAUUGAAGCUGAAAUAAAUAUUUGUGGAGAUGUCGAAUUUUUGAUUGGUUUAUUGUCGAUCGAAAAAUAUACAUACUUAUUUUUUGUGACUGAAAGUUCUGUGGUCGCUCAUUAUCGAGGAACGCAAGAAAAUGUAGGUUCGAAUAAAAAACAAGAGUUCAAAAUGAAUGUAUUACAUGUAAUUUAUAAACAUUUAGGAAAAAAAUUAAUAAUUGUAGGUAUCAGAGAAUAUUUUCGUAAAAUCUAGUUCGAUUUUCAGACAAAACAUGAAAUUCGUCGGAUUGAUAAAGUUGUUGCGAUUGAUACAAAAAUGGAUUGCUCACAAAUCAAAUCUCAAAUAAAUCCAUCAACAACUAAACUCAAACAAAAUACUGAGAAAUUCAUCAAGUUUUUCGCCGAUAAAAUUUCGAAAGACUCAAAACCAACAGUAUUAGAUGAUGUUAUUCGACUUUUCAAUGAUUCCAAGGAUUUCUAUUUUUGCCGUGAAAGAAAUGUUACAAUCUCUGCUCAGACGUUAGUCAGAAUUUAUCGUUUUUCGUAAAUUAAAGCCAUAUUUCUCAGAUUUUUCACAAAACGUUCAAAUUUAUCCGAAGAAUCAUUUUUCUGGAAUAAAUAUAUGUUACAACCACUUGUCGACGCUUUGAAAGAUAAAUAUUCGCAUUUCACAUGCCCAAUUAUGCAGGGAUUUGUUUCAACAUCCGAUUUAAGUAUUACAGAUCAGGUUAGACAAAAAUCAAUAAAUUCUAACAAAAUAAAUUUGAAUAGAUUGAAGCUGUUUUGUCGAUAACAAUUAUAUCAAGAAGAAGUACUCACAGAGCUGGAGCAAGAUAUUUGAGACGAGGAAUUGAUGAAGAUGCAAAUGUUGCUAAUUUUGUUGAAACCGAACUGAUUCUUAAUAUUUUUGAGCACGAACUUUCAUAUAUACAAGUAAGUUCGAAUUGAAAAAAAAUAGUUAGAAUUUUAAUUAAAUAUAUAAAUAUAGAUUCGUGGAUCGAUUCCUGUUUUUUGGUCUCAAAAAGGUUUCAAAUAUCGUCCACCUCUUAUAAUAAAUAAAUCAAUUGAAGAAACUCAUUCGAUUUUUGAAAAACAUUUUUCAAAUCUUAAAAAACAUUAUGGAACUCCAAUUGUUUCGGUUACUUUGGUUGAUCAAAAAGGAAGAGAACAUGGUUUGGCACAAAGAUAUUUGGAACAUUUAAUCAAAUUAAAUGAUGAAAAUGUUAAUGUUUUCUCUUUUGAUUUGCAUCAACAUUGUCGUGGACUUAAUUUUCAGAAGGUAAGUAUAUUUUCGAGCUAAAAAUAUAUAUGUGAAUAUUUUUCAGCUUCAAGUUUUAAUAUCGGAAAUGGAAGAAACGUUGAAAAAAAUCGGAUUUUGUUGGGUUGACAAAACUGGAGAAGUUGUACAAAGACAAAAAGGAGUAGUUCGAACAAAUUGUAUUGAUUGUCUUGAUCGAACAAAUCUUGUACAAGGACAAUUAUCACUUUUUAUUGUUUUACAACAAGCACAAAGAUUAGGAAUAUUUGGACCAUUAUGUGAACCACCAGAACAAUUAAUUCAAGUACUUCAAACAAUUUGGGCAGAUAAUGGAGAUGUUAUAUCAACACAAUAUGCUGGAACUGCUGCAUUAAAAGGAGAUGUUACAAGAAGUGGUGAAAGAAAAAUAACUGGAAUAAUGAAAGAUGGAUUAAAUAGUGCUUCGAGAUAUUAUUUAACACAUAUGAGAGAUGCAAAUAGACAAAAAGCAAUUAAUUUGGUUACAAAACAAACUGAAAAUAUUGUAAAUUCUGAGAAUGAUUCCGAUUCAGAUGAAAAAGAAGAAGAAGAAAAUAUAUGCCGAUUAUUGGCUGAAACUGUUCAAUUUUUGGUUGCUCCUCAACAAACUGUUAUUGGUGGAUGGGGUUUGAUUAAUGUUUGUGUUAAUAAUGAUGAAAUUGAUACAAUAGUCAUUUUGACUAGGUUUGUUUCUUUUCAAAUAUUUAAAUAUUAAUUUUACCUUUUUUCAGAUCAAAAUUGUAUAUAGCAAGUUAUGAAAUUGACGGUGAAAAAAUGAAUGAUGUUAGAAUUAUUUCAUUGGAUGAUAUUAUUAAUAUACAAAUUGGUAUUUAUGGAUCAAGACAAUGUUUGAAAUUAGAAACACCUGAAGAUAUAUUUGUAUGGAAACCAUCACAAGUUAGACUUUUCAAUAAUUCUGCAAUUCGAUUGAAAUCUUUGGAAGAAGCAAAUGAAUAUAUUUUAUCUGUAGCAGAGCAGGUAUAUUCAUUAUUUUUCUGUUCAUUUUUAUAAAUCAUAUUUUACAGAUAAAUGUUGGUAGAAAUAUGUUAUCUGGAACAGUUUGUUCUGUCAAAACUGAUGGUAAAUUAUCGAUUCCUCAAAUGUCAGUUCAUCGAAGAAGUUUGGCUGCAAUGGGAUCAAUUCUAACAAAAAUAAAGAAAAAGACAGUUUCUCCAAUGCUUCCAGCUUCUUCCAAUUCUUCACAAACCAAAGAAGAUCAAAGCGAUUCAGAGAGUACGACAUCUGAAGUUUCUCAAGAACCUUUUUUCUCUUUAAUACCGCUUAUCGCCCAAAGUCAAACUAAGAUUUCACUUCUUUAA